AUGCGUCCAAGCUGUGCAAGCGCGGGACAGGCCGAUUCGGCGGCUGUCAAGCUGGCUUCUGUAAGGAGAAGAGCCAGCAACGCCUCCAGCACGCCGGGGACUCCUCGACAAUGUGCAAACAUGGAGGAUCAGCCCAAUAAAAUUGACGUGGAAAAGGUCGAUGCCAUCGACACCUUCAUUGCUGAAAUACAAACAGAACUAAAAGCAAAAAAAGUGUCACUGACCAUACUGUCAGCAUUUAGAAAUAAGCUAAUCGGCAACGCAGUGACACAAGCUAGGUUAGAGGGACAAAUUCAGGCCCUAGAAAAAGAAAACGCAAGACUAAGACAACAAGUAGAAAUACAAACAAUUGCAGCAGCCAGACAUGACCUUGAAGCAACAGACUCGCUCAUACAUGCGAGACUGGAGGGCCAGAUUGAUAUUCUCAAAGACGAGAAUAACAAGCUGUCCGUCCAAGUAGAGGAGUUCAGGCUAGAAAAUUUUACUCUAAAAAGAGACAACCAAGAACUACAGAAAGAACUGGAUGAGGCAAAAACAAUUAAACCAGAGACAAUACUCCCAGCAAUACCAACUUUCGCCAAAAUGCGGAAUCCAGCGGGGCGAACGGCGGCGCACAAUGGCGCGCGCUCCGCCCAUUCACCGGCCGGGCGGCUGAGCCGGCGAGUCGCCGCCGGCGCAGCGAGCGGCUCGCAGCCCGCAGCCCGCCCGUGCCCGAUGCGACGGCCGCUGCGACAGCUCGUCACCGGGCGUGACGUCAGCGCGCCGCCUCCUUAA